AUGGGCGUGAGGGACAUGGGCGUGACAAGCAGGUCCGGCGGGUCCAGCUCGAGCUCCCUGAUGGGCGUGGGCGCGGUAGAGGUGCAAGAUGAGCAUGACAUGGGAGUAUCUGUGAGCCCGUCCCCCAACCACAGGCCGGCCACUCCACCUCACACUCCACCUACUUCCACACCUCAGCCUCCACCCUCUGGACUCCUUAAGAAAACCAGGCCAGUGGGAGACAGAAGCAUCGACUCUAUAAC